AUGUCGUGUAACUAUGCUGAAGGAUUGUCACCAUACGAACAUAAAGGUGUUCUUGGAGUUCCCGAAAAAUUUGAGUCUAUACAUAAACUAGACGAAAAGUGUAGUAUUUUAGCUAAGCUUAUAAGUGAUAGUAAGUAUAUAGUUGUGCAUACAGGAGCUGGUAUAAGUACUUCAGCUGGGAUACCUGAUUUUAGGGGCCCAAAUGGAGUAUGGACUUUGGAGAAGAAAGGCAAAAAGCCCAAUAUCAAUGUAUCCUUUGUAGAUGCCAAACCAACAAAGACUCACAUGAUACUCAAAAAGCUUGUAGAAUGCAACAAAGUGCAAUAUAUUGUAAGCCAAAAUAUUGAUGGGUUGCAUUUAAAGUCAGGUUUACCGAGAAAGUAUUUAGCUGAAUUACAUGGAAAUAUGUUUAUUGAUGAAUGUAAUCUGUGUAAGAGGCAAUAUGUUCGAAGCCAGCCAGUGGAAACUGUAGGUAAAAAAUGCAGUGGCGUACCGUGUGCGUCAGCGCUGACCGGCGGCAGACCCUGCAGGGGGCGUUUAUAUGACGGAGUGCUCGACUGGGAACACAGUUUGCCAGAAAAUGAUCUGCUUAUGGCUGAGUGGCAUUCGAGUAUUGCUGACUUAAGUAUAUGUUUGGGCACGACACUUCAAAUAAUACCAAGCGGUAACUUGCCCUUAGAAACAGUUAAGUAUGGUGGAAAGCUGGUCAUAUGCAAUUUGCAGCCUACGAAACAUGAUAACAAAGCAGACUUAGUAUUAAAUUAUUAUGUUGAUGAGAUAUUGGAAAAGGUUAUGGGCAUGUUAGGAAUAGAAAUACCAGAGUACAAUGAUACAGAUAAUUUGACUAAAUUAGCUGAGAAUACUUUAAUAGACUGGACGAUAAGUAGAAAAGAUGUAUUGGCAUUGGAAAAAAUUUUUAAAGCCAAGUGUAAGGGAGUGAAGAAAAAGCGUAUAUUAACAAAAAGUAAAAGAAAUUCUGUCGAUAAUAAAAUGGCAGAUGAAAAUCUUAAUAGUGAUGAUAAAUCGAAAAUUAUCAAACUAGAAAUAAAAGAGGAAAUUCAACGGAAGAAUCAAAUCAAA